AUGGGAACUGCUACAGGAAUUUUGUGCUGCGUUCUCGAACACGAAAUCAUCAAGGCAUCGAAACAUGUGGCCCAGAAAUUUUUCGUCCUCCUUUUUGGAGCAGUGCUUUUAAUCACUAUAGCUAUGACUCAAGCUCAGCCUGGCGAGACAAGUGUAGGGCCUACACCCCCAACUAGGAGACCUACGCCGCCAACUAGAAGAUCCUCCACUAGACCCACGCCUCCAACUAGGAGACCCACGCCCACUAGGACCUACGCCACUAGGAGACCUACGCGGCCAACUAGGAGACCCACGCCUCCAACUAGGACACCUACUCCUCCAACUGUCACACCAACAAGAGUUGCCAGAGCUGCAAGACUCUCGAAACCUCGUCCAUGCCCAAGGCAACCGCUGAGGUGUUCCACUGUUGGUCCAUCAUUGUGCGUACGCAAUCGAAAUGACAGGCUCUGUCGUCGCGUGGCUAAUAAGUGUGCUUUACGUAAUCUCAACUGCCUAUCUAGGCCGCGUAAUAAUUGGUCUAUUACCAGGCAAAGCCGUUGUGGAAAGCUUCCAAUUGGAACACGCGCCGCUAAAUGCAGAGACUGAAUUAGUUAUAAAUUCGAUUUUAAAUAAAACUUAGUGUACAAAAAUUUUUUUAAUUCUCCAUUAACCAAU